UUGUUUUAAAUAAUUGUUCCCAGAGACCAAACAAAAUCCCUAACAAACCCAAGUCACCGGUGACGACAGUACAGCAUUCCAGCGACAGUACCGUAAAACUGUGCUCAAUCAAUGAGAAAAGAAAAAAAAGACAAAAUCCAGAAAAAAAAACACACAAUCAAACGAAAAAGAAAAGAAAAAGAAAAUCAAAAAAUCCAACUACCGACGUUGAGACAAAAUCCGAUAAUGCAUUUGAAGAAUGGGACAGACAGAAGAAUAUGAACAAGAAAUAUUUUCAAUUGCCAAAUAUUGCACCAAAACCUGCAUAUAGUACAAAAUCGAAUAAUACACCAAAAGACGACAUAUCACUACCAACCGAGAACACAUAUAUAAAUAAAUAUAUCAUUUCUAUAAAUAAAAAAAAACCCACACUUCCCACAAGUGAUCCAAAACCCAUAAUCGAUCUAACCAACGAUUCGGAUGACACACAAUUCGAUAGUGGUACCACACCUAUAAUAACAAGUGUAUACUCAUUAGCAACACAAAACAAACAAGUUGAACGACCGUCGAGGGUGAUAACACCAAUUUUAAUACCACAAAAUAAUAUAAAUACAGAUUUAGCUACGAUAACUAAAGUGCAAAGUAAUGUGGGUAGUCUGAUAAUACAGAAUACAAGUGAUGGGAGUGCAUUAGUGCCUGUAAGUGUAGCCGGGCAACAGAUCUACGUGCAGCAGUCUGCGCAGGCGCAGUGUACCACUGAUGCUGCAGGUCGUCGCUUUUUAAUACUACCAAAGUCGCAAUUAUUGAACGGCAACUCGUCCCUGUUGUUGCCUAAGGUAAAGAUUGGAAACGCAUCCCUCACAUGCAAUCCUGUCGACCAUAUACAGAAGAUGAUAGCCCCUACACAAGGAAUCGAAUCGGAACCCCAACCUUUGUCAUUAAUGCCAUGGGUCCCAUUGGACCUGUGGGCGCAAGGUAAAUCUGUCAAGGAACUGGUUCUAUUACAAAUAGACGCAUCAAAACCUGCCUGGACGUUGACUGGUGGUCAGGCUGUUGUUACACUCACAGACUAUACGUGCGAAUCACCAAUUUAUUGCAGCCUGCCUGCAGAAUUAAAAACUAGAAUAAUGUUCCCACAAGAAAACAACGGUAUGGAGGUGUACAAUCCUCCUACUUUGCAAAUAUACGAGGAUGCUGCAAACGGAACUACAUCAUUCGCUAAAUGGGUUAAAUCAGUCAUAGACAAUACUGAAAAUGAGUUUACAGAUGACACAGAGACCAUAGACACAUGUGAAAAUAGACCUGUCUCUAGGAUAAAAGUGAAAUCAUUCGCCAGAUUGACGAAAAAUGAUAACUUCAUAGCACCGUGUCGAGUUUGUUUGCAGGAUCGAUUGUAUAUGAAAGUUUCAGAACGACCACUAAAAUAUGCCAAGGUUAUAACAGCUGUGCCGAGUUUAGAAGAAUUUCAUAAUUUAGUAUCAGGAAACGCACCAUUAAAGUUAUUACCAAAAAAUAUGACAUCUUUUGAUUCAUUACAAACAGUAAACUUGCGUUCUUGAGUUUUUAAACAAAUCUUAGUGGCAUUCAACGUGUUAACUCAUUCUUUUAACAAUAGAAAUCAACCUUUAGAGUCCGUACACAUAGACCCGGGCGGAGAGUACAGCAAAUUUUUAUCUCAAAGUAACUGUCGCCCGCGACUCCGUCCGCGCGUAAUAAAAAAAAAACAUAAUUUUUAUUCUAUGUGUUCUUCUAGACUAUGUUUUACAUCUAUGCCAAGUUUCAGCGAGAUUUUUUCUCGCCUUUUACACCUUCCCUAGACAUCCACGAACAUUUCAAGACCAAGAUAAGAUAAUUCCGUUUAGCUGACGAAUUUUAGCGAGACUAACCAA